GGCAUUAACGACGAGCCCGUUGUGAUGCCCAGCCUGGCAACUCGGACAUGUCCCCGAAUCAAUCAAAUUUUUUUCGAUUUUCCUGAUGAUGUUAUCAGAAGUAGUAAGAUUCUCAGUCGCUGCACCUCAAUAAUGAGCAGAAUCGAUCACAUAGUACAGAUGAAUGGGAUGUAUCACAAUACUUGCCUGAUUUUACAAGCCGGAGCACAGGCUUCUAUGCGCCUUGGCUAUUACGUGACACUUCCCAGGAAUUGGAAUUCUUUGGUGGAAGUGCCAUUCUGUUUGUUUCUGUUUCAGACAGGUCGAUGCCCUCGGGCUUUGGAUGCAGAUCAUCUGGUAUUGGUAGAAAGAUGGCUGACUCUGCUAACGGAAGUGCUUGAACCGUUUCAAAAUGUCAAUCCUAGUCAGCUAGAUGCUAUUGCUCCAAGCCACACAAUUUCGAGGGUCAGUGAUGGAUUGGUCCAACAUCACUCAAUAGUAAGUACAAAUUCAAAGUGCUAUUUAAAUGUUCCGAAUAGUUCCUGUCGUGGUUUACAUUGA